AUGUUUGGGGUCCAGUUUGCUGUCAGCAGUGGAAGAUGCACCAGAGGGGCCUUCAUGCUACUGAUUAAAGUCAACAAAGAACUCAAGGAGGAGCUGAAAUGUGACUUCAUCAUGAUCAUUGACACAGAGGGGUUGAAAUCACUAGAGCUGGCUCAACUAGAUGAUAACCAUGAACAUGACAAUGAACUGGCCACACUGGUGAUAGGACUCAGUGAUGUUACGAUUAUCAAUAUUGCCAUGGAGAAUGCCACAGAGAUGAAAGACAUUCUGCAGAUUGUUGUUCAUGCCUUCCUCAGGAUGAAGGAAGUGGGGAAGAAGCCGAUAUGCCAUUUUGUGCACCAGAAUGUGCCGGACAUGUCUGCUUAUGACAACAAUAUGAGGGACAGGAAGAAGUUGUUGGAACAGUUGAAUGAAAUGACCCUGGCAGCAGCCAGAAUGGAGAAGAAGGAGAAUAUCACCAAGUUCACUGACGUGAUGGACUAUGAUCCAGACACAAGCAACUGCUACAUCCCAGGACUCUGGCAUGGGACUCCCCCUAUGGCUCCAGUCAAUGCAGGCUACAGUGAAGCUGUGUAUGAUUUCAAAAAGAGCUUGAUGCAAGAUUUAAGACAAUGUCCGAGUAAUGAUGACAUGACACAUUUCCUGAAGUGGACACAAAGCUUGUGGGAGUCUGUGAAAUAUGAGAAAUUCAUUUUCAGUUUCAGAAACAGCUUGGUUGCAGAUGCAUACUCCAGAUUAUGCGCGGAGUACAAUGGUUGGGAAUGGGCCUUCCAGAGGGAGAUGUAUACAUGGAUGGUGGGUGCUGAAACUAAAAUGUCAAAUUUCUGCAUAACAGAUCAAAAUCACCAAAUGAGCAUAAGAGAUGUGCUGACGAACCAGAUGACGGAAGCAUCAAAGAAGCUGGCAUUAGAAGAAAAAGAAAUUCAACACAAUCUUGUGAAAUACUUUGAAAGGCAAGAUGGCCAUGUCAAUCUGGUGGAAAAUUACAGGGAAGGCUUUGUGGCCAGUGCCAAAACACUGAGACGAGAGACAGAAAACACGAUGAGUAAAACUCUACAUGAUGCUGUUGAGAUCAAAGAGGGAAUGGCCCAAACUGGAUGAAAUCAAGAGUUCACAGGCAAAUACACUAGAAAAGAAGGUGCUGGCUUUGCUACAGAACUGUAGACAGAAAAAAACAGAUUUAUCAGAUCAGGCCCUCAGAGAAGAGUUUGAAAGCAUGUGGAAGAAAAUUCCAUCUGAGAUCACAUUCAGAGGACUCCCAAGAAGAGAUGUGGCUCAGGAUGCCUUCCUGAAGUUACAAGAUCAUUUAUCUGCUAGGCCGGGCUAUGUUAAUAGUAUGUUGGUUAAAAACAAUUUGGUGGAUUGUGGUAGAAACCCCUUUGUUGUGGAGUCAGGGGAUUGGUGGGGUAUGGCUAAAGGUUUAAUAAAGCACUGGGUUCCAGACCAUCAAAGGACAAAAAUGCAACAGUUUUGUGAUGACAUCAUAACACAGUGUCAGGACUUUGUAACCCAGAAGGUGGAAAACAAAACAGAUUACUAUGAUACUUACAUCAAAGAGCUGCUGAACAAGAUUGAUGAAACAUUGCAACAACACGUGAAUGUUAAAGUCAGUGAGGAAUGUGAGGUUUCUCUGAAGCUACACAUCUGUGGCAGAGCAGCCAGAGAGUUCCAGAAGAUGCAUGAUGAUUUCAUUGAAGUCAAUGACCCAAGGAAGUGUCUAGAGCUGUCCAAGUACAUCUACCAAGCUGACUUCAUACUUUUGUUCCAUGACCGAGACCAGUGCCAAAAGAAAGCUGAGGAUUUCACAAAGCUGUGUAUACAGCCAGCUGUAAAGGAAUAUGUGACCAAAUUUCUUGGUCCUGAUGUGGUUGAUUACAUGAAGACCGGUAAAGGGUCAGAGGAUUACAGCACACGGACGGCCUUCCAGUUCUCCAUUUUGAAACAACUCCUGACAGAUGGAAAAUAUGAGAAAUAUAAAGGGUACAUACGCAAUUAUGAAAGCUUUGUGAAGGACUGGCUGUUUGACCAGAUGGUCCAACAACUCUCAAAGGAAAGCAGACGAGAGAAAUUGGAGAAGAAACAUCUUCGAGAGAUAGUCAAGAUAAUCACUGAAGCAAUUUCAAACAUCAGAUAUACAACUCACACUGUAACUGACAUGAAGACAUUCAUUCAGAACAUAUGCCGUGCCCUUAGAGAGAAGCUUGUCUUUCCAAAGGAUGCUCUGAAUUCCAUCAUGACACUGAACUACUCUGCUAACACAGCACAGUUUGCUGACUACCUCACCAUUUCUGUGGGAGAAAUGGAACAGUCACUGGCAGCUGAGUACGACAAGGGAGGAGACAUCAAAGAGAGACUCAGAUCUCUGCCAUUCAAGCCUCAGGACAAGAUGUUCACUACUCUUUUUGGCUGUGGGAAAAUAUGUCCUUUCUGUGGUGUACCCUGUGAAGCAGGGGGGAAGCAGCACGACAAACACUUUUCCUCCAUUCACCGUUCAGAAGGUAUCCGUGGUUGGAGGAGUACGUUUUCACAGAAAUUAAUGAUUGACAUAUGUUCAUCUCUUGUGGUUAGCAGCCAAAGCUUCUUUGUGCAGGAGACAGCUGCAGGACGGCAAUAUCACCCCUAUAAGGACUACCAGACAUAUUACCCUGACUGGAACAUAGAUGGAGAUAGCAGCAUGGAGGCUGCAGACUACUGGAAGUAUGUGAUGGCUACAUUCAAUGAGACAAUUGCUAAAGAGGAUGGUGCAUUUCCUGCUGAUAUCCCAGAGGACUGGAAGACAUUAACACCUGAUGAUGCAUUGAAGAGCUUAAAAAUGUCAUUCAACAUGAGAUAA